UGUUAGUAAGUCCAGCAAUGAAGGUAUGGCAUUAAGUGCCACCGUAGUGACGAGCUGAUCGUGCUAGUGAAUGGAUAGAGGUUGUAGGUGUGGUUAUUACGCCGCAGCUCAGAUCGCUGAGCUGCCGGGCGUAACAGAUGAGAGCGCAACACUGCUGGCGAUGGAUGCGGCUUUAUAGGGAGAAACUUUUAGGAUAUCGCAAGUUUGGAGGAAUUGAGCCAGACAGACUGAUUUUCAGAAUAACUCGCAGGAAGAUAAGCCAAAAAGCUGAUGAGGCAGCAGACCCCAGUACUGUGUAAGCCUCGUUCUUUCUGCUGAACACCAAACCUCGGGCAGAUCAGCAUGGGGAACAGCGACAGCCAGCCAGCGGUUCCCAGCGCCGCGGGGACCGGCUUCUCGUUACCCCGGCGACCAAAGCCCUGCUCGCUGAGAUUCCGGCCCACUAAAAGGAAGGUGCUGCCGCCACAAAGCUGGUGGAAGGGCCGUGAGGUUGGCCAAGGCAGCAGAUUGCGGACUUCCUUUGUGCACAACCAAUACAGCUGUUUUGGCGAGCUGACCACUGACCGCUGUGACCGCUACCAUGCCUCGAGUGGAACUGCGUCGCCAUGGGACCUAGGGGGGGACGCCACUGGAGUGCUGUACGCAGAGCGUGAUGCUGGUCUGGAUAGACCAGUUGGGCCGGUGCACCUAUUGCGGUUGGCAGGGGCGUCAGACCACGCGGAGGCAAACGCGCCCCCCCUCCGGACCAGCAAGGGCAGCUCGCUGAGCUCAGAGGGCUCCUGGUACGACUCGCCCUGGGGACCCAUAGGCGAGCUCAGUGAUGCGGACAGGUCUUGCUCAUCGGGACACAUCGAGGACACCCGGGACAGUGCAAGCUCAUCGGGCCCUAUGGAGGAAAGCAGCGGCGGAGGCAGAACCAUGAUAGAUGCCAGCCCUCCUGCCCCUUCUGGGGACCCUUUGGCCUCGCAGGUCGACCUGAGGGGGUUCCACAGUUUGACGCCCACAACCUUCGCCAACCUCUACAGCAACCCCAGGGUCACAUCCUGCUCCUUGGUGUCAGGAGGAGGCGCCGAGAAGUCGUGCCCCGAGCCUGGGGACUUCAGUUCGCACACGUUACCCUGCCGCAAAGCUGUACCCGACACUGACAGCAGCAGCAGAAAGAGCAUGCUGAAGGGCCGCAUGCGACGCCUCGGCGACUGGACAGGAAGCCUGAGCCGCAAGCGCAGGAGGCUGCAGAGUAACGACCCAGAGUCUUUGGACAGCGGUGUGGAUGUGCAGAUGGACAGCUCCACGUCCCUGCCCUGGUACCUGGGACCCUACCAAGCGACCCCCAGCUCCACAUACGCAAGCACUCUGCCAACACGUCACCGCCGCGACGAAGAUGACGAUCGCAGAACCUUCAGGCAGAAUGUCUACGAGACUUUCAUGCGGGAACUGGAGACAGUCCAUGGGGCAGAUGAGCUGGAGCCCAGCGAGGAGACCGAGGAGACCAGUAGUGGCUCCGGUGGCUCCUUGGAGCAGCUGGACCUGCUGCUGGAGAAGGAACGCGGCCUGGUGCGGCGAGCCGGCUGGCUGUCCUUCAAACCGCUCAUCACCCUACACAAGGACAGAAGGUUGGAGCUCAUGCCACGACGGCGGUGGAGGCGAUACUGGGUCACCCUCAAAGGUUGCACGCUCCUGUUCUACGAGAGCUUCGGAAAGAGCUUGGAGGGGCAAGAUGCUGCCGUACACUACGCCCUCUUCGCCGAGGGCAGCAUUGUGCAGGCCGUCCCUGAGCAUCCCAAGAAGGAGAACGUCUUCUGUCUGAGCAACGCUUAUGGAGAUGUUUACCUCUUCCAGGCAGAAAGUCAGACGGAGCUGGAGAACUGGGUGGCGGCGGUGCACUCGGCCUGCGCAUCGCUCCUGGCCCGGCAGCAUGGCAAGGCAGAUGCACUGCGCCUCCUGCGCAGCCAGACACAUGGACUGCUGCAGAAGGUUGACAUGGAUGGCAAGAUGAAGAAGAUGGCAGAACUGCAGCUGUCGGUUGUCAGUGACCAGAAGAACCGCAAGGCCAUUGAGAGCCAGAUUGAGCAAUGGGAGCGGAAUCUGGAAAGGUUCCACAUGGAUCUGUUCCGAGUCCGAUGUUACCUGGCCAGCCUACAAGGGGGCGAGCCCCCAAACCCCAAGAUGCUCCUGGCAGCUGCCAGCCGGUCCUCUAAGGCAACACUCAGCCGCCUGGGCAUCUUCUCUGUGUCGUCCUUCCAUGCUCUGGUGUGCUCUCGUGAUGAGGCCACCCUAAAGAAGCGCUCUCGCUCCCAGUCACAUGGCAUCCGGGGCAGGCGAGGCCUUCUCUCCUCGUUAAAGGGCCUGGACACCCUGACUCGACGUGGCCGCAACAAGAAGCAGCCCAUCUCACAGGUUUUGGAGAAGAACUCUGAAGGUCAGCUUGGCUGUUUGCUCGCCUGCAACUUUGAGGAGCAGAAACUGGAUGACCUGGCUAAUCAUUACUCCAUAGCACCACCCGAAGGCAAUCUCUGGGACAAUGGCUUGAAGACUCCAGUGUACUUCCUGGAUAACCAAGUCAUUAAUGUUACCAUUAAGCAUGAUCACACUGUUGCAGACGUGCUGUCCUUAGCCUGCAAGGUGAGGCAGCUAGACCCGGGUCAGCACUGCCUGCGUGUGAGCAUGGGGAUGGGCCCAGAGACCGAGUUCAUCACACCAGCACCCGGGGACCUUGCCCAGGGGAUGCAGCAAUGUGGCAAGCUGCUGAUCUUCCCCCUGAACUUGCAUACCAUGCGGCUGAGCCGGCCGGAUAGCUCGGUGGACUACGGCUUCGCUGUCACAGGCCAUGUGGACGGAUCACGGACCAGCCACAUUUUCGUGAGUGACAUCAAUCCGGAUGGGCUUGCUUUUACUGAAGGGCUGAGACCAGGCGACGAGAUCUUGGUCCUCAAUGGCUCAGAUGUGUCCACCCUAGACCUGGGCCUCAUGCAUACGCACUUUGGCCAGCUGAAGGUCAGCCUGGUCCUCCGACGGGAGGAUGUUGCCCUGGAGGACCAGAGCCCCAUCUGGCCAGAUGCUCGUCCUACGGACUUCAUCCUGCCGGUGCCUACUCCCUGCCCCCUGGGGGUCUGUGCUGACAUGCAGGAUGAGCAACUCAGUGCCCAGCUAUCUGCAGAUGCAGCUGCUGGCUCCGACGUCACCUGCAGAUCUGUAGGCCCCUGUCAUGAUGAGAAGCCUGAUCUAGCUAAUGGGCAUGGCCAGCACCUCCAGGGCAUGGGGACUGUGAGUACGCUGAUGCCAGAAGCCCAGGAGACCCUGGGGUGUCUAAUAGAGCUCCAGAGGGACCCCCAGGCUGGUCUUCCACAGCCCCCCUGCCCCCGGAACAGGCCGUCCACUGAGAAGUUACGCAAAGUCAUGCAGGAGCUGGUCGACACGGAGAAAUCGUACGUCAAGGAUCUGAGCUGCCUGUUUGAGAUCUACCUGAAACCCCUGCAGAGCCAGACCUUCCUGAGCCUAGCUGAGAUGGAGUCUCUGUUUGGGAGCUUGCCGGAGAUGCUAGAGUUCCAGAAGGUCUUCCUGCAGACGUUGGAGGACCGCAUCUCCUCUUCUCCAGACUUUAGCACCCUCGAGACCCCUGACCAAGUCAAGAAGCUUCUGCUCUCUUUGGGUGGCUCCUUCCUCUACUACGCGGACCACUUCAAACUAUACAGUGGAUUCUGUGCCAACCACACCAAGGUGCAGAAAGUCCUGGAGAGAGCUAAGACUGACUGGGCCUUUAAGGAAUUCCUUGAAGCCAAGAACCCCACCAAGCAGCACUCGUCUACCCUGGAGUCGUAUCUGAUCAAGCCAGUGCAGAGGGUGCUGCGGUACCCACUGCUUCUGCGGGAGCUAGUGUCCCUAACGGAGGCGGGCAGCCAGGAGCACCUUCACCUCUCAGAGGCUUUGAAGGCCAUGGAGAAGGUAGCCAGUCAUAUCAACGAGAUGCAGAAGAUCUAUGAGGAUUACGGUGUCGUGUUUGACCAGCUGGUGGCCGAGCAGAGCAGUACUGAAGAGGUCACAGAGAUCUCCAUGGGCGAGUUCCUCAUGCAUUCCUCAGUGACGUGGCUUAACCCGCUGCCUUCGCUGGGCCGUAUGAGGAAGGACCCGGAGCUGACUGUGUUUGUUUUCAGGAGAGCUGUCAUCCUGGUGUGCCGGGACAGGAGCAGAGUGAAGAGGAGAGCGGCAGCAGCACGCUCAGCCACAUCUCAGGGCGACCCAGACCCCUUCCGGUUCCGCUGGCUAGUCCCCCUGUCGGCCCUGCAGGUCCGCCUGGGCAACACUGCAGGAUCAGAGCCUAACUGCAUCUGGGAGUUGAUCCACACUAAGUCAGAGCUGGAGGGGAGACCAGAGACACCAUUCCAGCUCUGCAGCAGCUCGCUGGAGGCCAAGGCCACCAUUGUGAGGGCCAUCCGCUCCCUGCUGAGGGAGGGGACGAGGAGGACCGGCCCGCCCUGGAGGGGCAGCCGGGAACGGCUUGCUUCAACGCCUAACGGGGCAGGGGCCUCCCUGACGACCUGGCUGCUUAAAGGCCCACAGGCCCCCACUGAUGCCCUGGACAGCAGUCAGCUGAAAUCAGAUGAGGGCACUCAGAGCUGUGGUACCCGGAGCAGUGCAUCUGACCUGGGGGACCUUCUCCAAGAACAGAGUGGCUCCUGGCACGCCCAGGAACAGUCCCUGGCCCCUCAGCAGCCUCUCAGUGACGUCCCAAGCAGGAAGGAUGCUGAGAGGCAGGGCCCGCAGCACGACUUCCUGACCAGCACCAUCGAGGCCCAGCUACGGAGACUCUGGCUUGUGGAGGAGAAGGCUUUCUCCUGGCCCGCCCCCUGUGUGCAGCAAGAACAGGUGGAGCUGGAUACACACACCAUCAUGGGCAGCUCAGCCCCAGCCGCUGACAACCUAUGUGAGAGCCGGGGGGAGCCGUUGGAUGGCACAGCCAGCGCUGACCUCAGCGUCCUGCUGGAGAGGGACUUCAGCGUUCACAGCCUAACCUCUGUUGUCAGCGAGGACUGUUUUUAUGACAAGUCUGAGCGCUGGGCCCCCUGUGCCCGGCCCUCAAGUGCAGGGGCAUCCAGCUGCAGCCCCGAUUGACCCCUUUAAAAUCUCAGCACUCUGCCUGGGACUGGUAAUCUGCGGGGCUUAGGGUGCCCCAGUGCACCCUGGUGUCUCUUAUAUAAAAAGAAAUAUAUUCUGAAAUGAAUCCAAAUUGGACUCGAGAGGGAAUUACAAACUGGCAAGGUGUUAAAAGGUCACCAUGCCCCCCUCCACCUGACUGCAGUGGCAGUUUGUACCCCUGUGCUCCAACUGGCCUUCAGGCUAAUCCCACCACUGUUGUUGGUACACUGGACCGUGACGUACCAGCAGGGGGCAGCAUCCCCUGUACUGUGCAGCCUGUGCCAUUAGUGCUGUGUGCCUGCAUUUGUAACAUUGCUUCUUUUCUUUUCAUUUUUUCUUAAAUUUUAUUUAUUGAUAGGUUUCUAUUUUUGUAUUGCCCAGGGGACACAAGCCAAAUGGUUUUUUUGAGUUUUAUAACGCUUGAGUAAAAAUAAGCAAUUAACUUAAAACUGCAUCAUUUUAGAAGAAUAAUGUACAAUAAUAUUUAGUCUUAAAUUAUGGGGAAAUCUUGGCUUUCAGUCUGGUGACACUGCUGUGUCAGACUCGGGGCACAACUUCAUACAUUAGUGAGCUAAAAGCGUGCCCUACGCCAUGUGGACAUGAGAGCACAACCUCUUCCGACUAUGGGAGCAAGAGUAAAAAAACGCACUGAUAUGACAUUGCAGGUCUCACUGGGAUGGACAAAGGCACCUUUGAGUACCUGCAGCCAUGGUGAUUAAAGCAGGGCAUCUGGGAUCUUUCAAACAUUAAAAAAUGCAGCUUUCGCUAAAGCUUCUAUUGUAAAUAUCUACUCUAAUUUAAUUUUAAUAUAUUUUGUACUUUAUGUGUACUUGACAUUGUAAGUAGGUUUAUGGAAAAUAAUGUUAUGUGGAAUAAAUGCAUUGUUUGCA